AGAUCUCAUCCCCCUAUCAAAGUUAUCACCUAUUAUUUCAUUCUUAAAGUCAUAUUCUCAAAACAAUAACCCUUUUUUUAUAGCUCUGGAACAUUCCUUUACUCUGUUUACCUCACUUCUGAUCCCAGUGUACCUCUCACUUAUCCUGCACAACAUAUCUCCGAUCCUCAUUGCCACGUCGUGUGGAUAUCACUCCGGUGUUUUUCACAAUUUAGACCAACCCCUCCUCCCGUCUUCUUCAACCAUCCAAUUGCAAGCAAACGUACAGAUAAUGUCUUCAGGCUUGCAGAGACGCCGUGGGGGCAAGGCUACCCACGAGACCGAGGACUCCCCGGAGGCCCCGGAGCACAAGAUUGCAUACGACCCGCGCGACAUGGAAGACACGACGGAGCUGAAGGCGCCGCUCUUGACAUUAAUGGAGGAGGUGUUAUUGAUGGGAUUGAAGGACAAGGAAGGUUACUUGUCGUUCUGGAACGACAACAUUUCCUACGCGUUGCGGGGCUGUAUUUUGUUAGAGUUGGCGUUCCGCGGCCGCAUCGCGCUCGUCAACGACCCCUCCAGACGCCGCUUUGAGUUGAGCGAACGGUUGAUCGAGGUCAUAGACGCGACACCUACUGGCGAGGUCUUGCUAGACGAAACCUUGAAGCUCAUGAAGAACGAUGAGAGCAACUUGAGCGUGUCCAACUGGAUCGACUUGUUAUCGGGCGAGACUUGGAACUUGAUGAAGAUUAACUACCAGUUGAAGCAGGUCAGAGAGCGCUUAGCCAAGGGUUUGGUCGAUAAGGGCAUUCUCCGCACCGAGCGCAAAAACUUUUUUCUCUUUGAUAUGGCGACCCACCCCGUUGCGGAUGCCACCGCGAAAGACGCCGUCAAAAAACGCGUUUUGGGGCUUGUCGUCGCGCGCAGCGCGCAGCUCACGUACAAUGACAAGUUCCCGGAGGCUGCAAAGUACAAGUACUUGCGCACGAUCUCCUUGGUGUGUGCAGCAUACGCCGCGAACGUGUUGGAAAACGUGUUGAACAACUUGGGCUACGACCAGCGCGAUGCGGCGUUUGCGCGCGCGGACGAAAUCCUUGCGGGCUACAGUACCGCGCCGUUCACGUUGGGCGCAUCCGUAUUGGGCGUCAGCACCAACUUGGCGCAAGAGGUGAGCGGCGAGCUCGUACAGGAUGGUGUGUCCGAACUCCAGGCCGAGCUCUUUGCGGCAGUGUUGAGCGUGUUUUCCAGAAUGGACUCUAUCUUGUAGGUCAGUAGAAUCGCAAAGGCGAAUUAAAUGUAUAUCAAAGGUUAUCUAAUGUAUCAAGGGUGACAUAUAUUGUC